UGUAUGCCUAAAAUAUUUUUUUAUAAUUUUUGUGAUUCCAAAUAUCUCACAGAGGAUAUUUCAUAAAAGUUCCGAUAAAAAAUGGCUAAGCAACUGACAUCACCUAAAGAAAAGCCUUCGUCGUCUUGUACAGAAGAAUUUCAAACUAUUACCGAAUUGGACACGACUGCAAUACUCAACUACUCGGAAAAGUUAUUCUUAUUGGAAGAGAAAAUGACGUGGGGAAUGUCCGGUACUGAAUUUGACAUUGGCGUCCUUGCCAAUGCAUUGAGAACUGUGGGACAAAAAUAUGCUGAUAUGUAUUGGGUAGGUGUGCCACAUUCCGUGUUGGCGUAUGAAAUAUUCAGGAUCAAGCAGAUCAACCCACAAUAUGGUAAUUACCAGCCUAUUAGUCUCAAUGUUACGUACAUGGACUGGGAUAUGCGCUACAACUAUCAAUUAUUUGAGAUAGAUUCAAGUGGUAGAAGUUAUGUUUGGAUGUAUACCGCAAUUGGUAAAGACUGUGAAACUAUAAUGUCUAUAAUGCAAGAGGAAGUCCUUAGAUAUAAUUAUAAAAUUAGUUUGGAACAAGCUAAAAAAAUGGCUUUAAAAGCAUUUCUAAAGGUAUCUAAGCUCAGUCCAAUCACCGAGGAAAAAAUAGUUUUAAAGACUUUGCAACGCAAAAACGGGGUUUUAUUUGUAGAACCGAGUAUGAGGGAUGAAAUAAAACACUUGAUGGAAAAUAUUUAUGAUGAAAAAUUAUAAUAUUAGUAACACAAAGCAUAAGCAUUCCAUUAAUA